AUGAGGCAGCUAGAUAUCCUUCCGCGCAAGUCCCAACAUGCUGCCUCCGAACAAGUCAUGACGUCGCGAGAAGAGCAGGUCCUGGCCGCCAGAGAUCCAUCCGUCGAGGACGAGAACGAAUGGGAGGAAUUCAGCCUGACGGACGUCAAGAUCCUUAUCCCCGGCAAAUCGCGCUAUGCAAACCUCCUCACGGCCUCGCCGGACAACCCUGUCCGGGUCAUUGGGAAUCUGGAUGAGGUGGAGGAGGAGCAGGCUUCAUUAGUCCUCGACCCUGACUACCUCUCGAAACGGAUCGUCAUCGAAAACGUCACUCACUACGCCUACGGUCAGCAUGCUGACGGAGAGAUUGGCAUCUGGGUGGCCGGUCAGGCAGGAUGGUAUUCCAUCGUCCCUGCGAAGGGCUAUCGGCCAAUGUACAAUGACAUGGUAGAGGCCAUUGACCUGUUGUAUUUCCUGGUCGACAGACACCAACGACGACGGCGGAAGCGUCGAACCUGGGACCCGAGUUUUGAGUAUCUGUGCGAGGAGGAGGAAUAUGAACGAUUAAAGGCAUUGCAUGAGCCACCAGCGGAGGAGGCUGCUAAUAGAAGUGCGACUACGGAGGCUGAAUCCGUUGACAGGGACGCGGUUGCGAAGGCGCAGGCGGAUACCAUAUUUAACAUCAUUACAGAACUGAAGGAAGCAGGAGCACUAGCCAAGCGUCAAUUGAACGUCGACCUUGUCGCAAGCACCCUUCAUGGCCGAUACGAGAUGGAUACCGAAGACUAUGCGCGGGCUCUCAUCGCCGUCAGAGCAGAAAUGCUCAUCGAGAUGAUGGACCAGCAGAAAACUUCGAGUUUUGACUGGUCCCGGAAGGCGAUCUACCGGGAGCUAAAGAGCGCAGCAGAGAACAACGAGACGCGAGACGUGGCCAUCACCCCGUUGCGUCCCCGGGCAGCCAUGGAAGAUGAUGACAGCUCUGAGCAUGACAGCGAUCAUGAAGAUCAUCCCCGGGUGCGGCGGCGACGAGUGCGCAAGUCCGUCCUGCGGCCGAAGCUCAGUUCGGUGUCGGCGAAGCAGGCCGGCAAGCAGGCAGGCAAACAGGCACGUAGCUCGACGACGACGCAGGAACUGGAAAUGUCGGAAGACAGCGAAGCAAACGAAGACCUCGAUACGCCGAGCAAGUCUCGUGGCCAUGAGCUCAUCCGCGAGCCGCCCCCAUCAUCGGCGAGCAUCAAUGGACGGGCACGGUCGAUUCUGUCGGACUCGGACUCCACCGCCAUUCGGAAGACGCCAUUGCAAGAGACUCUUCAGUCGGGGAACAUCUCUAAUAAUAAUAAUAAUAAUUCAGUGGCGCAGCAUUCCCAGUCGGCAUUGGAGCGGACAACCAACACCGAGAAUCUGCCCGGCGACACAUGGAUAUGUUCUGUGCAGGGAUGCGGCAAAGUCGUGCACAAAGCGAGCUCGAAACGGUCCAAGGAGCUCAUCCACGACCACACCCUGAUGCAUGCGGACGACACCCAGACGAGACUCGACCUGGUGUUUGCCGAAAAGCGGCUCAACGUGAACGUCGGUGUUGAGCACCUCGUGAACCGGAUUCGUGAGAUUGGUGCCCUGGAGGGCGUCACUGCGGAUGGGGACACUGCUGCCAAACGCAUUCGUCGGUGA